UCUUCCACUCUGACAAGAAGGGCAGUUUUGUCCUGUUCCCCAAAUUUUCCUAAACCAAAAAUAAUUAAACUAUUAAUUACAGUUUAUUAACUACUAAUAAUAUAAAGGGUCAUUAAGAACAAACAAAAACCCAAAAAAGCAACACUCUUGUGGCGCCGAUAUCACGGCACUUGAAUAACAUUUUUUUAUUCAAACCAUCCAAUAUCCUCCUCAUUUUCUCCCUUAUUUUUGGCUCCCAAUAAAACUAUACUGUAGUAUACUCUUAAACUAUGCCUUGAGCAUACAACCUUGUGACUCCCUAGCCACCCUACCUUCUCUAUUACCAAACACUCCCUUUUUUUUUUUCUCUCUCUCCUCCCUUCAAGAAUCCAACAACUCCACACCAAACUCCGGCGGCACUGUUUCCGGUAAGAAACCUUUGCUUCGUCUUUUCUUGUAAUAAUUGAUGAACAGUAUCACGGUAAAGUAUAGAAAAAAUAAGUUCAGCAGAAGUAAGUUCGACCCCUUUUUAUUAGUUUUGAUAUUGGUAAGUAGAGUGAAGUAUUAGUUAGAAGUAGCAUUUGCACAUGCACUUACCUCAACUACACAACAUUUGUGUAAAAUUUAAGCAUGAAAGAGAUAAACUUUGUCUCCUUCAUAUCUAAUCACAACCAUUGACCAUCAUUGUCACCACCACCACCGCCGUCGCAACCACCACUUAAAACCUUUAAUUCCAACCCCCACCAUUUCAUUCCAUUUUUUUUUUUUAAAAAGAAAAAAAAAAAAAAACAAGAACAACAAUUAAAUGAAGACAUCCAAACAUAUGACAUUAUUAUCAACAUUAUUCCAUAAUAUUAUGAUGAUUUCUAUGAUUUGGGUAGUCUCAGUUUCAAGUUUAUCAUCAGAUGGAAAAACAUUACUUUCUCUGUUAUCAUCAGCAGACCCUGUUUCAAAAUCAUCAUCUUCAGUAUUAUCAACAUGGAAUCCUUCCUCUGAAACUCCAUGUUCAUGGGAAGGCAUUACAUGUUCACCCCAACAAACUGUCAUUUCUCUUUCACUUCCAAAUAUUUUCCUUAAUCUUUCAUCUCUUCCUUCUCAACUUUCUUCACUUGCAUCAUUACAACUUCUGAACCUUUCCACUACCAACAUAUCAGGAUUCAUUCCACCGUCUUUCGGCCUAUUCGGUCACCUCCGUCUGCUCGACUUAUCUGAGAAUAACCUCUCAGGGGAGAUUCCUAGAGAGCUUGGGAAACUCUCUAAUUUGCAAUAUCUGUACUUGAAUGCUAACAGGCUUUCUGGCAGAAUACCGUCUUCGCUUUCAAACCUUACCUCUUUGGAAGUACUUUCUCUCCAAGAUAAUCUUUUAAAUGGGUCAAUACCUUCUCAGUUGGGUUCAUUGGUGUCUCUUCAGCAGUUUCGGCUUGGGGGUAACCCGUAUUUGACAGGGGAGAUUCCUCAUCAGUUGGGUUUACUUAGUAAUCUGACUACAUUUGGGGUUGCUGCUACUGGUUUAUCAGGUUUUUUGCCCUCUGCAUUUGGGAAUCUUGUUAAGUUAGAGACACUUGCAGUGUAUGACACCGAAAUUUCAGGGUCGAUUCCUCCUGAACUCGGUUCGUGUUCUCAGCUUACGAAUUUGUACUUGCAUAUGAAUAAGAUGACGGGUGCGAUUCCUCCUCAGUUGGGAAGGCUUAGGAAGCUGACUAGCUUACUUCUGUGGGGAAAUUCUCUGACGGGCAGUAUACCAGCUGAGAUAUCCAACUGUUCGGCGUUGGUUGUGCUUGAUUUAUCGGCUAACAAUCUGUCAGGGGAGAUUCCUGGUGAAUUGGGGAAGCUAGUACUGUUACAGCAGCUUCAUCUGUCUGAUAAUGCACUCACAGGUUCUAUUCCCUCGGAGAUGAGCAACUGUACUAGUCUGACUACUCUGCAGUUGGAUAAAAAUCAACUGUCAGGCUCGAUUCCUCCACAGAUAGGUGAUCUGAAGUACUUGCAGAGCUUCUUCCUGUGGGGGAACUCGGUGUCUGGGACUAUUCCUGCUGAGUUUGGGAAUUGCAGUGAACUUUACACGCUUGAUCUUUCGAGGAAUAAGCUCACUGGUUUGAUUCCAGAGGAAAUUUUCAGGCUAAAGAAGCUCAGUAAGCUAAUGUUGCUUGGGAAUUCAUUGACUGGUGGCUUGUCUCGAGGUGUUGCGAAUUGUCAGUCUUUGGUGAGAUUGAGGCUUGGAGAAAACCAGCUGUCUGGACAGAUUCCGAAAGAGAUAGGACAGUUGCAGAAUCUUGUAUUUCUUGACUUAUACAUGAAUCGUUUUUCAGGUGGUAUUCCUCAUGAGAUAGGUAAUAUUACUGUGCUCGAGCUGCUUGAUUUGCACAAUAAUCAUCUGACAGGAGAGAUCCCGGCAGAGUUGGGAGAGCUAGUAAAUCUCGAGCAGCUUGAUCUAAGUCGAAACAGCUUUACAGGGCAAAUUCCUCAGAGUUUUGGGAAUUUCAGCUACCUGGAUAAACUCAUCCUUAACAAAAAUUUGUUAUCAGGGCAAAUUCCGAAAUCCAUCAGAAACUUGCAGAAGCUUACACUACUUGAUUUGAGCUUCAAUAACUUCUCAGGAGCAAUCCCACCUGAAAUCGGCUAUUUGACAAGCUUAUCCAUCAGCUUGGACUUGAGUCAUAAUUCUUUAAGUGGUGAAAUUCCUGAGCCAAUAUCUAGUUUGACACAACUGCAGUCUCUUGAUCUUUCUCACAACAUGCUUUCGGGUAAACUCGCUAUUCUUGGUUUACUGACAAGCCUCACUUCCUUGAAUAUCUCCGGCAACAACUUUGCAGGUCCAAUUCCUGUCACCCCAUUUUUCAAAAUCUUAAGUCCAAAUUCCUUCUUUGAGAACAAUAACCUCUGCCAAUCCCUUGAUGGCUCCACAUGUUCUUCGAGCUUCUUCAGGAAAACCGAGCUAAAAUCUGCCAAGACAGUUGCUCUGAUAUUUGUGAUCCUUGCAUCAGUUACAAUUGCACUUGCAAUUUCAUGGAUAGUUGUUAUGCGAAACCGCAGGUACAUAGUCGAAAAAACAGGUGGAAACUGUGCUGCUGCUGCUGGUUCUGAUGAUUUCUCCUAUCCUUGGACUUUCAUUCCUUUCCAAAAGUUCGGGUUCACAAUCGACAACAUACUAGACUGCUUGAAAGACGAAAACAUCAUUGGAAAAGGGUGUUCAGGUGUUGUUUAUAAGGCAGACAUGCCCUCAGGAGAGCUGAUUGCUGUCAAAAAAUUGUGGAAAACAAAGAAAGAAGAUGAAGUAAUUGAUUCUUUCACUGCAGAAAUUCAGAUUCUUGGUCAUAUUCGACAUCGAAACAUUGUAAAGCUCUUAGGUUAUUGUUCAAAUAGAAGUAUAAAGCUACUGCUUUACAAUUUUGUACCAAAUGGGAAUUUGCAGCAGUUGUUACAGAAUAACAGGAACUUGGACUGGGAAACAAGGUACAAAAUUGCUGUUGGAUCAGCUCAAGGUCUUGCCUAUCUUCAUCACGAUUGCGUGCCUUCGAUCAUCCACAGAGAUGUCAAGUGCAAUAACAUAUUUCUUGAUGCAAAGCAUGAAGCUUACCUCGCUGAUUUCGGGUUGGCUAAGCUCAUGCAUUCUGCUACUUAUCAUCAUGCCAUUUCCAAAGUUGCUGGAUCUUAUGAGUAUGGUUACACAAUGAACAUAACAGAAAAGAGCGAUGUAUACAGUUAUGGAGUAGUCCUGCUGGAAAUCCUAAGCGGACGCAAUGCAAUCGAAAACCAGCUGAUGGGAGAUGGACAACAUAUAGUUGAAUGGGUGAAGAAGAAAAUGGGAAGCUUUGAACCAGCAGUAUCAGUAUUAGACGCGAAACUGCAGGGACUACCAGACCAAAUGGUGCAAGAGAUGCUUCAGACUCUUGGGAUAGCCAUGUUUUGUGUGAACUCGGCACCGUCAGAGAGGCCAACCAUGAAGGAAGUAGUAGCCUUGCUCAUGGAGGUGAAAACAACUCCUGAAGAAUUAGGAAAAACUUCUCAACCUCUAAUAAAACAGCCUUCAACUCAGAGCUAAUUUUUUUUUUUCUUUGUUAAAUCUCUUUGUAGUCUCUUUCUUUAAAUUCCUUAUUGUAGUUAUUUUAGAAAAAUGUGGUUAUAUUUUACCAUUUCAUGUUAUUUACCACAUUAGCCAAGAUAAGAAAACCUUAGUCAUGAUUGUACAGCUUUGUAGGAACUAUCAAUGUGUUCAAUUCCUUUUGCUCUAAAUUCUA